UCCAGAUCUUAUUUGUCUUAAUUUUUUAAUGGAAAUUUUCGAAUCUCGAAUUUAUAUCUGAAAUUAAUUUUAGCAAACAUUAUUGACAUGAGAGUCAUUGUUGGCAAGAUGGCAGCCUCCUUAACUCGUAAAAUUGAAGUAGGUGUAGUCGCGAAAGAAAAUAAAAAUAGUUAUUGAAUCAUUACUGGAAAUAAAAAUUCUUAUAAUUAAAUGUAUUUACAUCAAAUGCGAAUGCUGUAUAUUUAAAGGAUUAAAAUAAUAGGAAAGUUUGUACAAUACGGUGUGUCUUCUGUACCUGGAAAUUAAGAUAUAUUAUGAACUCGUCCUCUGUACCAUUUAAGUGCCCAACCUACUAAAAGUAGUAUGUUUAUUUUAUAGCCAAAAAUGGUAAAGUUAUACGCAUUGUCUGUUUUACAUAAAAAGCCUACAUCAGCGACAACCUUAAAGGCUGCUUAUGAUGUUGAAUCAUUCUCGUUUUUUCAAAAAGGAAGCGUUAAAGAAUUCAUGAGUUUUGUAAGUAAAACCAUUGUGGAAAGGACUCAGAUCAGCUCUAGGCAAAGUGUCAAAGAAGGAGACUAUAUGUGUCACGUUUAUGUGAGGGCAGACAAUUUGGCUGCAGUUCUUAUAUCAGACCAUGAAUAUCCUAGAAGAGUAGCUCAUACAUUGAUUACAAAAGUUAUGGAUGAAUUUGCUACCAAAUAUCCAAACUCGACAUGGGACAGUUUAAACGAAAGCUUAACUGAUUUUUCACAACUUAACAUAUAUCUAGCAAAGUAUCAAAAUCCUAAUGAAGCAGAUGCUCUUACUAAGAUGCAAAAUGAUUUAGAUGAAACAAAAAUUAUUUUACACAAUACAUUAGAAGCCGUUCUUCAACGGGGAGAGAAAUUGGAUGAUCUGGUUUCAAAAUCGGAAGGGCUUAGUGUUCAGUCAAAAGCGUUCUACAAAACUGCACGAAAAACUAAUUCCUGUUGCAGUUUGGCUCCUUGAAAGCUUUUAUUAACAAAUUAUGCUGACUGUAAAUCGGCAAAUAUAUUUGUCAUUCUCUAAUGACGGUGCAAAGUGCAAAUAAUUAGUAUUAUACAUGUUUUCUUGAAGGAAAUAAUUGAAAGAUGUUCUGGUUCUGUCAUACACAAAAUUGAAUAUUAAAUGUACAGAUUGUUUAUAUGUAGAAUGUAUGGUGACACUCGAAUGUCAAACCACUGCCGGUUUCAUUCAGUUAAUUUUAAAGAAAUUACGUAUAGCUAUUAUUUUUAAAAACCGAUUUGAUUUGUAUCACUUUUCUGUAGGAAUGUAUGAUCUGGACGUAAACGACGAGAUAAAUGAUUUACAGGUAUAAAUAUACAUUCCAAUUUUAUUUUAUUAAAUUUAAACGAAACUUCUAAAAGAAAGGUACAAAUAAAAUUGAGAAGCUUUGUUGAAGAGAAUAAGUACACGUUGUAAGUUCAAUACUCAAAUUUUUUUAUCUAUUAAAAUAAGAUGCGUUCAUGCAAAUUUAUAAAUUCAUUUUAUUUUAAUUUGUAAAAUAACA